AUGGAUAAUAUUUUGAAACAUUUCGAGAAGAAUGCGAGAGAGCGAGAAGAAUUGGAGACGCAGACAAGAAGGAAAGAGUUGGCUGAAAAAUUGGAACCAUUUGUAUUGGGAUAUUUGACGAGGAAAAAGUAUCGCGAUAAAUUGGGGUGGGUGAAACCUCAGAUUUUGAAUAUUUGUUUCAUUUUCUAGAAACCCUAAGCUUAAUUUUUAGAUUAAGCUUAAAAUUCUGAAGUUCAGGUACUCUUUUUCGUUUCCUAAACCAUUCUCAACUUUCUUGGCUGAGUAUCAAACGUCUAGAGAUACGCAGUCAAUUUCUGCUCGGCUGAACAUCCUGUUCCUGUUCAGAACUGGUUUUUGAAUAAAAUAUUCAAAAAAAAUAUUUUCAGAACAUGUCGCCUAAAUAUUUUCAACGAUUUCACCGACCUCGACAAAUCCAAUAAAACCCUUCUGACAAAUGAUCAAUUUUUAAUAAAAGCUCCGACUUGCUUGAAAAAUGCUUUGAAACAAAAUGAUGUACAGGUAAUUUCUUUUUUUUUGAACUUUUUUUCCAAAAUUCAAAUUUUUCUUGCAGACAAUUUGUAAUAUUUGCCGCCAUCUGAUAAUUUCUCUCGAUUCCACGAAUAAGGAGACCAACUUUGCCGCGACUUUUUUGAAUAAAGAGACAAUUGGAAGUGCGAGUCAAUUGAUUAGCUCGAUUUUUGCGAAAAUUCCCGAAAUUUUGAAUCGAAUUACGGUAUGUCCCUUUGAUUUUAUUAAAAAGAUAGAAAAUAAUGUUACAAGAAUCUAUGUUUUGCAGGGCGAAAAAGCGAUCGAAUUGAAACAAUGGCAAUGUUUGAUUCAUUUUAUAAUUGUGUUUUCAUCUGUUUCAACUUGGAGUUUAGUCAGAAAUGCUCCACAAGUUCAUCAAGUUUUGAAUGGAUUAUGUCUGAAAAUGACAACUUGUUUUAUCGAGGAAGCGAAUUAUGAAAAAAUGGCGGUAAGAAAUUUGGAUUUCUGGGGAAGGGAUUGGGGCUGAGAUAAAAAAUUGAGCUUUAAAAAUAAUUUUAUCCAAAAGUUCUUAAAGUGUCCGAAAACCUUUUGAAAUUUUUUAAAGAUCAAUUUUUAGCCUGAAAAUAAUGGGAUUGCUCAUUUUAAACCAAAUGUACGUGCUGAGCGCGAAAUUUUGAAUCUGAAAAUUAUAGGCUCAUUUUGAGCAAAAUUCUGCUGAAAAUUGAAAAUUUUUGGACCUUUUUUCAGAUUUCAAAUUAACAAUAGGUUGAAAACAGAAAUCGAAUAUUUUUUUCCCUUUUGAAUGUUCUCUGAAAAUUCACUUUGAAUCGAAACAUGAGCAACUCUGGACUCAAAAUGCUCCAAAUUUUCAGGAGAAGCUGAAAAUCCCAUUUUUCUAGAACUUAAAAAUUUCCAGAACUUCCAAAUUCAAAUAAAUGUUUUCCAGAACUCGUUGUUUGUUGCAAUCAAUGAUCAAAAACCGCUUGUCAGUCUUGAAACUGUCAAUGCACAUUUCUCAAUUAUCCACAAAUCAAUCAAAUUGCCAAAUGAGAAUCAAAAUUUGUUCAAUAUUUUUGUGAAGAGAGUUCUAACUUGUCCAGCACUUUUGUUGCAUUUAAAUCAACAGGUAAAGCUUUUCCCCUUGAUCAUCAUGAGAAUAUUUUUCAUUUAGAACAUCGAACAAAUUCGAAACAGUCAAAUAUUUGAGCGAACUCUUCUUUGGCUUCGAUCAAAUCAAGAUGAAAUUGAAUCGAAUUUAGAUGUUCGAAUUGUAAUUAAUUUAUUAGCGAAUCUUGUACAUUUUGCACAUAUCGAUGAAAAAACUCUUGAAUCAAAUGUAUUUGAAUGGACUUGGGCUGUUGGAAUAUCACUUUCAAGAUGUACAGAGAUGACGGUGAAAAAGGAGAGCAAAACAAGUUUGCAUUAUUGGCAUCCUGUGUUUGGUCAUUAUUUAUUGCCUGUUGAUAAGAAGUUAGUAUUUUUCAUUUGAAAAGAGUUUUCAUAGCUAUGUACAGGAUUUUUUUUCAGAACUGAAGGAGCCCUCAAAAAUGUUCUGCAUCAACUUCGAUUUCUUUGGAGCGCUAAAGUUGUUCGAUGUCUUUUUGGGAAAGUGAUGGAAAAUACGUGUACUGCUGGAUCACCGAAUAAUCAAAGGGCGAAAUCGCCGAAUCAUCAGAAGGAUAUUAGCGCGGUUUUUGGGAGUUAGUCUAAGUUUUGAGGCUGGGAGGAGGAGAAGUGGAUUUUUUGGAGACUCCAAGCUAAAAUUUAAAAUUUUCUGAUUGAGCCAGAAUAAUUUCAAAUUCUAAAACUAUAAACUUAUAAAAAUAAACAUUAAAACUUCAAUUUUCGAUAAUUUUUCAUGAUAUAUUUUAUAUUCUAGAAUUUUGACCCAAAAUUUUGAAGAAAAGGGAUUUUUAUGAAUCAUUUCUGAUAAAUGUUGUACUUAACUUCAAUUUUAUCAUUGAAAAAUGUAGAUAUUUUUAAAUUCUGAUUAAUUUUGCUCCUUGAAAUUGCAACUCAUCAAUAUUUAUCUAUUUUUCCAGAACUAUGGAAAAAACUCGGAGGAACCUUGGACAAAGAAAAGGUGGAAAAUAAAGAACCGCCUCCAACAUUAAUCGCAAUAGUUUGUCAAUUAUAUAUGACUGCAUUAGCCACAAUGAUGCACAUGAAAGGUGAAAUAAUAUCAGGUUUAUGUCGAGAUGAUCAACUUCUUCGACAACUUUGGCAAUAUUUGAAAGAAUGGGGUGAAAAGUAUUCGAAUCCAUCGUCAUCUUCGAUUUUUAAUAAUAAUUCUUCGUCAAAUUCGGAUGGACCGAUAUUUGCAUCACUUCAAUCACUUCGACAUCCAACUUCUCCGCAUACAGCUACACUUCGACUUUUUAUUGAUUCGACUGCGGCUAUUGUUUCGUGAGUUUUACAGAGAAAAAGUUACAGUCAAUAUUGAAAUUGUAUUGCCUUUUUUGUUUUGGAUAGCCUAACUUUUCAAAUUAAGUUUCAAGAUUAAGAAAAUACAUAUUUCAAUUUCAAUUUUAGGCUCAAAAGAUUUUCAGACUGGUCAUUUUUUCACCUAAAAAUAUUGAAACCAUAAAACCUGAUUUUUUCACCUUGAAUUCCACGUGGAAUUCUAAAACUUUUUGCAUGAAAUUUUUCAGUCCCUCAAAAUGUCUAUUUUCAGAAUCUUGGACGAAGAAGAGAUUUUUGAAAAAGGAACGCCAUUUUCAACUGGAGAACUCGAAUCGAUCUCGAAAUUUGUCAAUGUUUUUUGCUUUCGAGCAAUUUGGAGUGGAUUUGUUGGUAGGGUUUUUUAAUUUGAAAAAUGGGGUGAAAGUUUUGAGAAAAAUAAAUGAUAUGACUUUUUUAACAAAAUUCAAAACUAUUCUUUUUAAAAUCAAAAUUAAGAAUUAUUUUCACUCAAAAUUAGUUUUAAAAAAUGAAAUUUUUCUUGACCUAAAUCCUCUCAAAAACUAUUUUCAGACGAAGUAUCUUCUACAAAUUCGGGACUUUUUCAAAGUAUCCAUUCAUUAUUAUUGAUUUUAUAUGAAAGAGAUAGUCGAAGACAAUUUGUGAUGGAUUCAAAGUUCUGGAUUGUUAGGUUAGUUCAAAAUAUUUCCCAACAUAUCAUAAUCUUAUUAAUUUAGCGAUGUGAAAUCGUCAACAAUAAUGACAGAAUAUGAAAAACGAAUGGGACGUGGCAUUCUUGUGAUGCGAAAAAUGUCACAUUUAGUUCCGAUCAAAGAACGGAUGUUAUUAUUUCGAAGACAAGUAACUGAAGAUAAACAAAGAGCAUCAAAUACAGUAUCUGCUACGUGGAUUACUGUACAGAGAAACAGAAUAAUUGAGGAUGGUUUCACUCAUUUGUCAAAAGCAUCGUUGGCCGCAUUGAAAUCGACGAUUCGAGUGAAAUUUGUGAAUGAACAAGGAUUGGAUGAAGCUGGAAUUGAUCAAGAUGGAGUAUUUAAAGAGUUUUCGGAGUUAACAUUGAAAAAAGUAUUUGAUCCACAGAUGAAUUUAUUCACAACAACUUCAACUGGUGUUAUGUAUCCAUCUUCAACUUCUUCGUUACAUGAAAAUCAUCUGCAAUUAUUUCAAUUUGUUGGAAAAAUGUUGGGAAAAGCAGUUUAUGAGGGAAUUGUUGUUGAUGUUCAAUUGGCUCCGGUUUUAUUAGCUGCAGUUCUUGGAAGUCAUCGACUUUGCGCGUUUGAUGAAUUGUCACAACUUGAUCCAGAAUUAUAUCGAAGUUUGACAUUUGUAAAGAGAUAUGAGGGAGAUAUGUCUGAAUUAUCGCUGACUUUUUCGGUUGAUGAAGAUUUCAUGGAUAAAAUUACGACUGUUGAUUUGGUGCCAAGUGGAAGAACAAUUCCAGUGACAAAUGAGAAUAAAAUUGAUUAUGUUCAUAGAAUGGCACAUCAUAGAGUAUUUCGAAGAACACAAGAGCAAUGUCGAGCAUUUGUGCAAGGAAUUCAAUCGAUUUUACAACCCACUUGGUUGAGUCUUUUUGCACCAAAUGAUUUGCAAUGUUUGAUUAGUGGACAAAAUACGUGAGUUUCUUGAAAUUAUAAUAACUUACAAAAAUCAAUAAAUUUUGAAGUGAUAUCGAUUUGGCUGAUUUGAAAAAACAUGUUCAAUAUUUUGGCGGAUUUCAUGGAAAUCAUCGACUCAUCAAAUGGUUGUGGGAUGUUUUGGAGAAUAAAUUUUCGGCUGAUGAGAGAAAAUUAUUUCUCAAGGUUGGAGCUCCACCUCCUCUAUCAUAAAAUCAUACCGUUUUUGCAGUUCGUUACUAGUUGCUCGAGACCGCCUGUUCUUGGAUUUUCAUACUUGGAGCCACCGUUUUCGAUUCGAUGUGUUGAAGUUUCUGAUGAUCAAGACCAGGGUGAUACUUUGGGAAGUGUUGUUCGAGGUUUUUUGGCUUUACGAAAAGGAACAGCUGCGUCAAGACUUCCAACUUCUUCAACAUGCUUUAAUCUUUUGAAACUUCCAAAUUAUAAUCGAAAAACAUUGUUAUUGGAAAAAUUGAGAUAUGCCAUCCAUGCCGGUAGUGGAUUCGAAUUGUCGUAA